AUGGCUAUGAACAAUGCGUUUAUCUUUAUGGUCCUUGCAUGCCUUUUGGCAAAUGCAACUGGAACAAGGGACCUUCCCAUCAAGCCAGGAUACAAAUCUGUGUCAAGCUUCCAGGUAAGUGGAGACCAAGCCAAGUGCUUGAACCUACUGAGUGGCAUGAACUCUUGUACGAGUGACAUUGUUGAUUUCUUCUCUGAUAGGCUGACCAAUCUUGGCCCUAGUUGUUGUAGUUCCAUUUCCACCAUCACCAAAAAUUGUUUGCCUAGCACACUCGCUUCAUUUGGUUUCACAUCAGAGCUGCACAACAAACUGCAAGAACACUGUCAUGCAAUGUCUAGUCUUGCUACAGCUCCUAUUGCUGGCUCAGAAGCUCCACUUGCUAAUUAUUAG